AUGGAGCUCCCAGCAAUGGUGCUCUUUAUUGUCCUCCUCCUUUCGAGUCAUCUUGGAGCUGCCAGUGUAUCUGAUAGAAAGACGCGGCACAGCUCCGAGGCUGUACAAGAUUCAAUGAUCUACAGCUACAAGCAUGGAAUGAGAGGCUUUGCAGCGUUUCUAACUAAUGAACAAGCCGAUGCAAUUGCAAGUACGUACCUCAGCUGGAAAACGACUGCUCUUAUAACACCUUCUUGCUGUGCAGAAAAGGAUGGCGUCCUCUCCGUGAUUUCGAACAAACUCCACAAAGUUCACACCACGCAGUCGUGGAGCUUCUUGGCCGGAAUGCCCGCACAAACUUGGACAGGAACGGAAGAAUGGUACUCCAAGAAAGCUCAAAACGUGAUAAUUGGAAUGCUGGAUUCUGGAAUAUGGCCUGAAUCCAAGAGCUUUCACGACGAUGGCAUGGAACCUGUGCCAAAACGCUGGAGAGGAGCUUGUGUACCUGGUGAAAAAUUCACCAGAGACGACUGUAACAAGAAGAUAAUCGGUGCACGGUUCUACUUCAAAGGAAUAAACGCCGAAGCUCCGCUAAAUGCUAGCGGUGCAAACUUUACCCUGUCCGCAAGAGAUGACGAUGGCCACGGCACCCACACGGCGUCAACAGCCGCUGGACGAGUUGUUCUUCGCGCCAGCUUUCCCGGAAAUAUUGCUUCAGGCACCGCUCGAGGUGGAGCGCCUCUGGCAAGGCUAGCAAUCUACAAAGUCUGCUGGAACGAUUUUUGUUCGGACGCUGAUAUCCUUGCUGCCAUUGACGAUGCAAUCGCUGACGGAGUGGACAUAAUAUCGAUGUCACUGGGCCCGAAUCCUCCACAGAGUGACUUUUUCAGCGACACCAUAUCCAUCGGAUCGUUUCAUGCGAUGAGGCAUGGCAUAUUUGUCUCUUGCUCCGCUGGAAACAGCGGCGUUCCCGGCUCAGCUGCGAACGUUGCUCCGUGGAUUGCAACAGUCGGAGCGAGCUCAAUCGACAGGGACUUGGCGAGUAAUGUUGUCCUUGGUAACAACAUGAGUAUCAAGGUUGGCUGGUCUUUUGGGUCGUCACAGGUACUGACUUGGAAACACUUUGACAGGGGGAGGCAGCAAAUCCGGACAGUAUGGCUGCACCCUGGAGCAGGCUCGUUCCUGCUAGCAGCAUCCCAGCUCCUGGAGUUCCGACUAGGUGGCGUAGGAAUGAUUCUUGUUGAUGAGAUUGCCAAGGAUAUCGCAGAGUCUUACUUCCUGCCAGCAACUAAUGUUGGUGCAAAAGAAGAUAGUUCUCCAGUUGCAACGAUCCUCCCCACAAAAACCGUGCGAAACUUUAAGCCAGCGCCUGCUGUUGCAGUCUUCUCAUCCAGAGGACCAAAUUCUGUGACACCAGAAAUCCUUAAGCCGGAUAUUACCGCUCCUGGAGUCAGCAUUCUAGCAGCAUGGUCACCAGUCGCGACUAAAGCUGUCGGAGGGCGAUCUGUCGACUUCAACAUAGUCUCGGGAACUUCUAUGUCCUGCCCUCACAUUACAGGCGUUGCGGCAAAUCUGAUAGCCAAGUUCCCGAGAUGGAGCCCCGCAGCUAUUAAAUCUGCAAUCAUGACAACGGGACAUGUGAGGCCAAACCUGUCAUUGAGGCCCGGCCUUGUCUACGACACCGGCUUCCACGACUAUGUCAGCUUCCUGUGCAGUAUCGGCUCGUUAAAGCAACUUCACAACAUAACACACGAUGACACACCUUGCCCGAGUGCUCCGAUCGCUCCACACAACCUCAAUUAUCCUUCCAUCGCGGUCACCCUGCAGCGGCAACGAAAGACCGUGGUGUACCGAACCGUGACAAACGUAGGAACUCCACAGUCGCUUUACAAGGCCACUGUGAAAGCCCCGAGUGGAGUUGUCGUGAACGUAGUUCCCGAGUGCCUGAGUUUCGAGGAGCUGCACGAGAAGAAAUCUUUCACGGUUGAGUUCAGCGCGCAGGCAUCAAGCAACGGAAGCUUUGCGUUUGGAUCACUUACAUGGAGCGAUGGCAGACACGACGUAACCAGCCCAAUCGCCGUCCUCACAUCUUAGACCGAGCCGCAAGAGGAGUCACAAGUCCCGGAGGCUAAGGUUUAUAAGAACAAAAACUAGCACACUUCAUGAUAUUUCUCGAAAAAAAUUCACUGUUCUCGAAUAGAACAACACAACGAAGCUUCAUAAGCCAGCGAUAGAUGAUCUAAUUCAUAUCUACACAGGAAAUCACUCGAAAUUUGCACUUAGCAAAGAGGACAAAGACUUCACGAGAAUGCCUGACAACGAAGCGAUCUAUCUAAGGAUAGCACGAUCGACACAAUCACAGCAAAGAGAGCAGUAUCGAGGCCAAAAUCACACAAAAGACGCAUUGGUGCCUGCAUUCCUACGCGAUCUUACC